AUGGCUGAUGAACGGUUGGAGAAGGAAGUUACCACACUGUUGCUUACAGAGUUUGACGGAAGAGCAAAAUUUGGAAAACUCAGAAGGAGUUUGUACCAGAAUAAAACUGUCAGAGACAUUGGCCUUCGUUCCGCUUUGAGGCGGAUAUCAAACAUAAACAAGUUCUUAGUCUUUGAAAAGAAUAACAAGGUAAACUGUCUGUCUGUCUUCUGCAAGGAUGCAAGUAUUUGCUGUGGAUAUCGCAGGAGAGGAUGCGAAACGUGCAAAAAGGAAAACUGUCAAAAAUUCCACGUGUGCAAAUACUUCAUCAGCGGCAGCUGCACGAGAAGAUUCAGCUGUCGUUUUGGACACGACCUUAGUAACGAAGCCAACAGGAGGUUGUCAGACAGGUUGGGUCUGUCUUCUUUUUCAUGUGAAGAUAUCCGCACCAUUAUACUUUGCAGCCAUCCAGCCGUGUGCGAGGAGUACAACAUGGAUGGUUGUGAUGACGAUGACUGUCCAGACCUUCACGUCUGCUCUCGUUUCAUCAAACAGAAAUGUACAGCUGGGGCUUGCUGUAAGUUUGAACAUUCUAUUAAAAGGUCCGACCAUAAUAUGUGGGUUCUGGACACGUUUGAUGUCAGCCAUUUGACGGACGAGGAGUUAAGGGAGAUUAUACUGGUAAGAGUUGUUUCUGACCGGGAUAUCGGACUACAAUCGCAGAUGACACCUGCUUCAUCGACGCUGAGUCUCUGGAGUAGUUUCACAGCGACGUCAACUCUGUCACUGGCAACAGACGACACAGAUGAAAGCGUUGUCGAUGUUUUCAGCUUCCUGCUGAAGCGUUUCAGUGGGCGAGCUAGAUUCAACACAUUUUUGACCGAAAGAGGCCAUCUUUUAGGACAUUUGGGGCUAGCGGGCAUCAUCGACUGGUUAAAGGACAAUAAAGACCGAUUUCUUUUGUACGUACAUAGAAGUAAUUUAAAUUACGUUUCUGUUUACAACAGCCGAGCUAGGGCGUGCUUCAGGUUUUACGACCCCAGAAAAUCGGGCUGCGAUAAUAAGUCUUGUAAGUACUUCCACGUCUGUCGAAAGUUUGUCGCAGGUGACUGUGUCAGCACCCUAUGCAAUUACAGUCAUAGUUUCUCCUCCGGGUCAAAUGCCAAAGUGCGUUCGGAUUUGAAACUGGAUGAGUUCACUGACAGCGAAAUCUGCGCGAUCAUUCGCUGUAGUAAUCCAACCAUCUGUGUCAAUCAUAACACAUCAGGCUGUCAUCUGGAUGAUUGCCCAGACCUCCAUGUUUGUUCCAAGAAUACCUUCAACCAGUGUACCAGUGGCGAUGGCUGCAAGUUUGGUCACGUGAUACGAGAUUCAGGAGAACACAACGCCUACGUGUUGAAGACGUUUCAUAUGGACACGUGGCGAGAGGACGUCCUUCGCAGACUCGUCAUCGCCAAGAAGGGAGAGCACACAGAAACGCAAGAGAAUGUAGGUGCCUCUGCUAUACAGAGAGCGCCAUCUGUAGGUCAGCUACAGAAAGCCAUCAGCACCCUCGACCUCUCGAAAUCGGUGAACGACAAAGAUAUCUUUCCCGGGAAGUACGAAUACAUUUGUGCAAAGUACACCUGGACAGGUGCGUGUCCCAACAUUCCGUUCUGUCCACAUUAUCAUCAUCCUGACCGCCUGCCAUACCUGUGGCUGACUGCAGAGGAUGGACAAUGGCGAAGAAUCCCCACAAGCGACGGUGUCCAGCUGGAGACACGAUUCUGUGAAUAUGAUGAUGUCCUCAAAAAAGAGUUUAAUAUUCUUGGAAUGACCCGAAUGGACUUCUGCGCUAUGUCAGCUGUAUUGAAAGGAGCACCAGUAAAGCUUAAACGACUGUCAGCACCAUCAUAUGUGACUGCAACACCAGGAACUCCUCUCAACUUCUACACUCAGUGGGUGUGGUAUCGGCAAGAACGUGAUGGCAGAUACACCCCCUUCUACCCGGGGGCGCUGCAGUACACUCUGGAGGAGAAGUACCUUAAGGGGCAGCACAAGUACUACUUCGAGUUUGAAGACCUUCGCCUGAUGGUGGACACUCAAUCCUCGCCGAUGAUACAAACCAACCUUCAUACGCAUGGAUCCACAGUUGUCUUCCGGCGACCAAUCUUUGUAUUGACUAAAAAUGCAGAUUUUCCAAAGAUGUCGUCACUGCUGCUAAGUGAGGCUCCUGCAUCAGUGCUGCAUCAGGUACCCGACUACUGGGCUGCUGUGGACCGCUUCCAGGACUACGAGCUCGUGGAGCUGGACUCAGAUGAUCCAGAGUAUGAUGCUGUGCAGCGACAGUUCUUCUCGACCAUGGACAUCAACGGACACAACAUUGUACAUGUUUUCCGUGUGCAGAACCCAGUGCUGUGGUAUAAAUACUGCAGUGCCAGACGGGCCAUGACCCCUCGAGGUCAAAGUCACGAAGACGUGGCCGAGCGUCAGUUGUUUCACGGAACCCCGACACUUCAGGCGGCCAGGGGCAUCUGCGCCAACAGCUUCGACUUCCGCAGGUCUGGAGAAAAUGUUGGAGCUGUCUGGGGCAAGGGAGCUUACUUCUCCACCACAGCCAAGUACAGUCACAGCUACACACGUGCUCAUAUCACACUCACAGGCGACCCCCUGCGGUUCAUGUUUCUGGGAAGGAUCCUGGUGGGGCAGUACACUCUGGGCCAUUCUUCUUACACCAAGCCACCAGAGCGUGACAGGCUGAAGAUGUACGAUUCCUGCGUGAAUGAUUUGUCCAACCCCACCAUUUUUGUCAUCUUUGACCUGACACAGAGCUACCCAGAGUAUCUGAUCGAGUACAGUGAUGUAGUCCAGCCAUCUCCUCAGAACCCACCACCGCAGGUCAAGAACAGACGUCACCGCCGUCGUUAACUAAACGCCAGAGUAUCCUCAGCAGAUGCCAUGACUACAGUCUUCAUGAAUUUUAGCAUAACCUUAAUUAGUUUUUCACCGCCAGCGGCUUAUGUUUCUGAGAAGGAUCCUAGUGGGGCAGCACUCCCGGGGUCAUCCUUCCCUCACCAAGCCACGUGCGUGACCGGCUGAAGCUUUACGAUUGUUGCCUACACGAUGUUACCUGCCCCGCCAUCUUCGUUAUCUUUCACCUGGCACAGAGUAUCUGAUCCUGUACAUUGACAAAAGAGAUUUUCACUUGUUUUAACCAUGCACCACGAUCGCAGAACAAACAGACAGGUCACCAUCACGACUAUCAUUUCUAGGCAAGAAGCACAAAGACUAAAACACAAUAUGUUGCAAUGUUCCUACGCUUACUUAAUAAAUUUGAAAAGUAUUCUUUUAACAAAUAAAUUAUUCAAGGCCGCCAUCAAGCCUAGAGAGUCUUUGACACUUGUUGAGCCCUUUUUUAUAAUUAAUAUUGUAAAAAACGUUGGUUUAUAAUCUUCUCAUAAUUGAUCAUCUCUUUAUAUUGACGUGAAGAAACACCAUAUUAACUGACUGGAGAACAGAACAAAGGCGUCAGUGCACAAAACUUUAUUAAACUGUUGUUUCAAGAUGAAGAUGA